CCAACAGCUACAAUAAGGCCGUCAAGACAGAAACACCAUCUUGGGUCCAACUAUAUAAAAGAAGAAUAAACCAUCCCGCAACUACCGCAUUUUCUUUCCGGUCAACCAUCUCCAAAUCCAACAUCCCAAACUACCUCUACCAAAAUGUGCAUGAGCGCGACUUGCCCUACCUGCUCCAAGCAAGCGUGGCGUGGCUGCGGCUCCCACGUCCCCUCCGUCUUCGCGGGCGUCCCCGAAGACAAGUGGUGCACCUGCGAGCCCAAGGUCGAAGUCAACGGCGUUCAGUAUCCUCCUCAGGCGAAGUCUACGGGCUUUUUCAGCGGACUGAUGGGUGGUAAAUAAGCGGGAUGAUACCAUGGCGUUCAUGAACGACGGGGUCGAGAAAACUUGGGAUGAUGAUGGGAUGCUUUAAAUCGACAAUCAAACAUAACAAGACCACUGAUGUUCGGAACUAUAUGCCCGGCAUCGGCGUCGUCAUGAGGGGUCCGAGGGGGCCUUUGCACUUGCUGCCUUUCAUUGAUUGGUACAUUUCACUCAAGUUCUCGGCUUGCACUGGCCUGGCUUUCUCUAUCAAUGACUUUUGCUGACUCA